GUCCCUCUCGUAUUAUCUUCCGGCUCUGACAGCAGCGGGCUGCCGGUGUUAUGAAAUGGGUUCGAGUCCGGACAGGUCGUAGCGUCACAUCGGCCUCGUGGACUUUAUUCAUUCUGUGAGUUCGAUGCCGAGGUGACGGAGGAGUUUAAAGAUGCACCGACAGGUUCUGUGUCACCGGGGCGCCUCGGUCGUCGCUGCCCGGAGGCUGCGUUCUGUCCUGGGGUCAGUGCUGGGGAGAGACGCCGGGAUGUGGAGAACACAUGAGGUCAAACUCCUCAACACAGCCGCAGGAGACACAGUGACGAUCGGAGAAAUCUCCUACAAACUGAAAAUACCUCGGAAUCCAGAGCUUGUUCCUGUCAAACACAUUUCAGACUCUCUACCUCAGACAGUGGCUCAGCACCUACGCUGGAUCAUGCAGAAAGACCUUCUGGGACAGGACGUGUUCCUCAUCGGUCCCCCGGGACCCCUGAGACGGUCCAUAGCCAUGCAGUACCUCGAAUUGACCAAACGCGAGGUGGAGUAUGUUGCUCUGUCCAGAGACACCACCGAGACGGACCUGAAGCAGAGGAGAGAGAUCCGCUCGGGGACGGCCUUCUACAUCGACCAGUGUGCUGUGAGGGCGGCAACACAAGGCCGAGUCCUGGUCCUGGAGGGGCUGGAGAAGGCCGAGAGGAACGUCCUGCCGGUCCUCAACAACCUGCUGGAGAACCGGGAGAUGCAGCUGGAGGACGGACGCUUCCUGAUGUCGGCCGAGCGCUUCGACAAGCUGCUGCAGGAGCACACCAAGGAGGAGCUGGAUGCCUGGAAGAUCGUCCGAGUGAGUGAGGACUUCCGGGUCAUCGCUCUCGGUCUCCCUGUCCCCAAGUACAAGGGCAACCCGCUGGAUCCUCCUCUGCGCUCCCGCUUCCAGGCCAGAGACAUCUAUCACCUACCGUUCAAAGACCAGUUGGAGAUGUUAUAUACAGUGGGACCAAACAUUUCUGCAGAAAGGGUCUCCCAGCUGCUCUCCCUCGCCACCACGCUGUGCUCCCAGGAAUCCUCCGACCUCGGCCUCCCUGACUUCCCUGUGGACAACCUGCUGCCUGCCCUCCACGUGCUGAACGCCUUCCCCAUGUUGUCCUCCCAGCAGUUGGUCCAGAGACUCUACCCCUACACCAGUAUAUUGGGAAAGGAUGGCCGCACAGCUGUAGAGGGCGUUCUCAGUAGAUUUGAGCUGCUGGACGGUCGGCGUGUUCCGGCUCCUGGUUCCAUCGUGAGUGUGUCAGCGGCGAGGGACACCGAGGGACGCGCUGACGUCACGUUACGCAUCAAAGACAAAGACGUCACGUUCCAGGUUCCAGCCGGGACCAAAGAGCCACGUCCACCAAGCAGCAGCCCAAACUUCAUCAGCACGCCGAGCCACUCCCAGCUGCUGUCGGAGAUGAUGCAGUCCCACAUGGUGAAGGACAUGUGUCUGAUAGGAGCCAAGGGUUGUGGCAAGUCAGUGCUGGCCAGAGAGUUUGCUGAGAUACUGGGAUACAGCAUGGAACCAGUGAUGCUCUACCAGGACAUGACAGCCCGGGACCUCCUCCAGCAGAGGUGCACCCUCCCGAGCGGGGACACGGCGUGGAGGCCGUCUCCGCUGGUCACGGCUGCCAUCGAGGGCAAGCUGCUGCUUCUGGACGGGAUCCACCGGGUCAACCUGGGAACCCUGGCUGUGCUGUCGAGGUUGCUGCACGACAGGGAGCUGGAUCUGUAUGAUGGGACCAGGCUGCUGAGGUGGGACAGAUACCAGACUCUAAAGGAACAACUGCAGCUCAGCGACGAGCAGCUGCAAGAGAGGUCCAUCCUGCCCGUCCACCCGUCCUUCAGGGUGCUGGCCCUGGCGGAGCCCCCCGUCCUGGGGGCCGCUGGAGGCAGCAGCGGAGCUCAGCAGUGGCUGGGCCCGGAGCUGCUCACCAUGUUCCUCUACCACAGUGUCACCCCGCUGGCCAGAGCAGAGGAGAUGGGCCUCAUACAGGGACUGACGCCUCAUGUUCCAGUGGAGGCAGCGGAGCAGCUACUGCACCUCACACACAGCCUGCGCCAGACCAACGACCCCACAGCCCAGUCUCUGGCCUCCUCUCUCUCCACCAGACAGCUGCUGAGGAUCUGUCGUCGUCUCUCUCAGUACCCGGAGGAGAGCGUCGCUCACGCAGUCAACAAGGCCUGUCUCUCCAGGUUCCUGCCCAGCUUGGCCCGAGCCUCUCUUGAAAAGAGCCUCACCAACUGCUCCAUCCAGGACAAACCAGAUCCUGCUGAACAAACUCAGGAUUACAGCUGUGUGGUGAAGGACGGUGUGUUGACCAUUGGCAACGUGUCGGCUCCCAUCUACAGCCCCAGUGAGAAAAUGAAGGUUCCAGAUGUUCUCUUUUAUGACAAUCCCCAGCACAUGAAGGUGAUGGAGGACAUGCUGAAAGACUUCCUGUUGGGAGAGCACCUCCUCUUGGUGGGCAACCAGGGAGUGGGUAAGAAUAAAAUAGUGGACCGGUUCCUGCAUCUGCUCAACAGGCCCAGAGAAUACCUGCAGCUCCACAGGGACACAACCAUUCAGACUCUGACCCUGCAGCCCUCAGUGCGAGACGGCAUCAUCACGUAUGAGGACUCGCCCCUGGUGAAGGCCGUGAAGAUGGGUCACAUACUCGUGAUCGACGAGGCCGACAAAGCUCCAACCAACGUCACCUGCAUCCUCAAAACGCUGGUGGAGAGCGGGGAGAUGAUUCUGGCCGACGGACGCAGAAUCAUCUCAGAUCCACGUGAAGCCGAGGGGAGGCCCAACCUCAUCGUCAUGCACCCGGACUUCAGGAUGCUGGUGCUGGCUAACAGACCUGGCUUUCCUUUCCUGGGAAACGACUUCUAUGGAGCUUUGGGUGAUAUUUUCAGCUGCCAUGCUGUGGACAACCCGAAGCCUCAGGCCGAGCUGGCGAUGCUGAAGCGUUACGGCCCCGACGUUCCCGACGCCACGCUGCAGAAGCUGGUGGCCGCGUUCGGGGAGCUGAGGUCCAUGGCCGACCUGGGAACCAUCACGUACCCCUACUCCACUCGAGAGGUGGUCAACAUCGUGAAGCACCUCCAGAGGUUCCCCGGCGAGGGUUUGGCCAACGUGGUGCGGAACGUCUUCGACUUCGACUCGUACAACAAAGACACGCGGGAGGUUCUGAUCGAAGCUCUGCACAAGCACGGGAUUCCCAUCGGAGCCAGGCCCACCUCCGUCAAGCUGGCUAAGGAGUUGCCGCUGCCGGAGCCUCAGAUGACCGGACACUGGACGAUCAACCAGGAAGGAAACGCUCGCCGCAAACUGCUCUGUCCCACCGAGACUCACCUCAUAGACAUCAAGGGCCCCGUGUUCCUGCGUGUGCAGAGUUACCCCUGCAACCGGCAGGAGAGCCGGGCGCUGAGCUUCAGUGAGGAGAAGGCCCACUGGCAGAUUCCCAUGAACGAGGUCAACAUCAUCUGUGACGUCGCCACCAAAGAAGAUGUUGUGUACGUGGCCACGUGCAACCCGGUGUCCCUGUUCUCCAUGAGCGAGCGCGGUGACACCAUCCAGAACAUGGAGCUGUACGACGUCUUCCCCAGAACCAUCAGUGGCGCCUGGCAGCCGUUUGUCACCAUCGCUCCUCUGGGGAGUCCCCUGGACGGACAGGUGGUGCUGCACGAGGAGCAGAGUAACACGGUGCUCCACGUGGACCUGGUGACGGGCGCCGUGCGGAGGCUGCUGCUGUCUCCAGACGGGGAUCAACCCGCCGGCAAGGCUUCCAACUGGUGGAGCAGUAAAGAGCAGCAGGGAGGUUAUAAAAUGUGCCGCGAGUUCGCUCACAAAAACUGGCUCCUCUUCUUCAAGGAGGAAGGGAACCAGCUGGAGGUGCUGGACGUGCUGGAGGGCCGGGUUCACUCCAUCUCCCUCCCCAUCAACCUGAAGUCCGUCUUCCUGGUGGCUGAGGACCGCUGGCUCCUGCUGGAGAGCAACACCAACAAGAAGUUCCUGCUGACCAAACCCAUGCACAUGGCAGCAGAGGAGUCCGGAGUGUGUCAGCUCCACAGCAUCAGUGAGGACGGGGCCGACUCAGGCCACGGAGCCGGCUCAGCCGAUGUGUCCGUACCUCAGAUGCUGUCACGUGACCAGUUGCCCAACGAGAACCUGAGCGCCGCUCUGAACCAGAAGAUCGUUUCUCCAAACCGCCUGCUGGCCGACAGCGGCUCCUUCGCACGGGUGGUCGUGGGCUUCCCCGACCUCAUGUCCCCUAACGAGGUGUACAGCUUCAAGAGACCCGAUGAUCUGUCGGUGAUGAAGAGCAGCGACAGCGGGGGUCACAUGUUCCUGAGGGGCGGGCCUCAGUCCAGUGCGGCCAAACAGGUGAACUGCGUCAGUCUGCUCUCAGCCAAUCAGGUCGUCCGAGCCCUUCCGCCCAGCAAGGUGCCCCUGAAAGAGGUCUACCCCAAAGACGUCACGCCUCCAAUGACGGCGGCGUAUCUGGAGGUGACUGACCUGAACUCCAAGAAGGUCAAAUACAUCCCAGUGCCGAGGUCCAUGACGGUGUCUCCUUACACCAGCUGGUUGUCCAAAGUGUCCCAGUCGGACGUGGUCAUCGCCCCCCUCGGCUCUGGGGGCGUGGUCUCAGUGGAUAUGGGCGGGUACGUGCGGCUGUGGGAGACGGGAUUGGACAGCCUGCAGCGGUCGCUACUGGAAUGGAGAAAUAUGAUUGGAACAGAGGACGGCAGGCCCAUACAGAUCACCGUCCAGAGGGAAAGCGGUCUGGAUGUCUCCGCCCCUAAACACGGCAAGAUCGAUGCCAACAACGACCCUCAUGUGGGGGGGAACCAGUGGGCAGGAGGCACAGGUGGCAGAGACACGGCCGGUCUGGGUGGAAAGGGGGGGCCCUAUCGCCUGGACGCAGGACACAAGGUCCACCAGGUUUCCCAGGCCGAGAAGGACGCGGUCCCAGAAGACGUCCGUAAAGCAGCUCGUGAAAUGGCUGAGAAGGCGUUCAAAGAAAGGCUGAAGGAGAUCAACAUGAGUGAAUACGACGCCUCCACCUACAAGCGCUUCUCCAGCGCCGUCAUGAGGCAGGUUCAGUCCCUGAGGAUCGUCCUGGACAGUCUUCAGGUCAGAUUCUAACAAACACUUCCUCCUCACCUCUGAUCACAUGAGGGCAAAACCAUCUGAUCUGCGAUCUGCUGCUCAGAUGAAGGUCAGAGGAUCAGAACCCCUGAGUUCACCACGUCAAACAAC